CUGCCCACUCUAGCAGCCCACUCUAACUGCCCACCCUAACAUGCCUCUUGCUGUCACCACCGGCUAAUACGUGGAGCACAAGGUCGACCCCACAAGUACAGCAUGACUUCUAACUUCCCACUCCCACGCACCCUCAGAAGAUCCUGGAGUCUCGCCCCGGCACGGACCAUGCGGAUUGUAGUGUUGGGGCAAAGUGCUGUGGGCAAAACAGCACUCACCGUGAGGUUCAUCACAAAGCGAUUUAUCGGGGAUUACGACCCAACACUAGAAAUGAUCUACAGACACACAGCGGCAAUAGAUGGAGAAUAUGUUCAUUUUGAAAUCUUGGACACUGCUGGUCAGGAGGAGGACUCGCUGCAGAUAGAAGAGAAAAUAAAAUGGGGAGAUGGCUUUGCGGUGGUCUAUUCUGUAACCGAUCGGUGUAGCUUUGACGAAGUGAUGAGGUUGUGCUUCCUCAUUAACCAUGUCCACUCCAACGCACGGAAAGGAGCCGGGGAACUGCCGCCUGUGGUUAUUGUGGCCAACAAGAAGGACCUCGAGUUUGACCGCAUGGUAACCACCGACGAAGGAGAAAAACUCUCCAAGUCCUUAAAGUAUCCCUGUUAUGAAAUCUCCACCAGAGACAGCUAUGAAGAGACAGCACUGGUCUUCAAUAACUUAUAUUAUGACCUGCUAAAACAAGGAACCGUUUCCCCUGGAACGUUUAAGAGGAGGGGCGUCUCCAAGCAGAUGGAGAAGAUUCCAAAACUUUAUGCCAACUCAGCCAUAAACGCCAGUGGGAGGAGUUUAAGUUUCAACUCAUUUAGGGACUACAUUCCAGAGUGAGCCAUUGCUGCACACUAUUAUGCGUUAUUCGGAUAAUCACGAAGGCGCUAAACCUUCGGAAAACAAUUUUCUAGCGCCAUAGUCGAUAAAAGAAAGGAAUUUGUGUCUCGGCUGCAAAAAUUGUGGUCACAUUUCCAUGAAUUCUGGAGAUAAUGUUUCACAGGCUUUCUUGCUAUGGAAUGGAUCUUCUUCUAAUGAAUUCCAAUAUAACAGCCUUAAAUGUACUGCUACUAUAACACAGGGAAUAAUAUAUCUGGUAGGAGGUGGCCGGGGAGUGGGGAUCUCUAUAGUUAAAAAGGAAGCAGACCCCAUAGUACGCACCCCCCCCCCCCCCCCCGCCACAACUGCUGGGUCUGUUUCCUCUAUAUUUUUGCCACUGGAAUUUUUUAUAUAAAUAAGCACACAUUUGAGUAUGGUAAGUUUCAGAGUUUAUUCAAAUUAGGAAAAGAAAAAAAAAUCACACUUUGAAUUUUGGUAAAUAGGCCUUCCCAUGUCAGAUGAGGACAGGAAUUUCAGUGUAUUAUAGAGGAAUACAGAAGCAUAAUGGAGGGGGGACAUUAUAAGACAGGAAAGGGGAUAUAGUGUUGGAUGCAGCUCAGGUAUUAAGAGAUACAAUUGCUCAUUUACCAUGUGCAGGGCAGGGUCCAAAGUGCAAAGGAAUGUGGAAAAAUACUGUUUUUUCUUGAGUCCUGAGUCUGCCUCAUGAAUACAGUGCUGCCCAUCUGUAUUCAUAAAGGGCAGAUGGAAGACACUUGCUUGCAAUUCAGAUGCACAUUGUGCUAUGGACCCCUGUCCUUACCACCUGACCUAGUGCAUUAGCCAAUCAGAACCAUAUUUAGCACUACAGGCCUAUAUUGCUGAUGUUGCCCCACACCCCUAAUAUAACAAACACUGUAAUCUGUUCCUUCAAAAAGUAUGAAUAAAUACAAUUUUAUAUGCUGAAAUCCAGCUGCAAAA